AUGUCCGCCACCGCCGCCCUCGACGCCUACCGCCGCCACGCCAAGCGCCGCCGCGACGCCCCCGAUCAUGCCCUCCCCCCCUCCUCCAAGCAGCCCCUCAUGACGACCGCCGCCUACUCCUCCUCCGCCGGCGCCUCCUCAUCCGGCGCGGGCGCCUCCUCCUCCUCGACCUUCCACGCCUCCCCCCGCAGCCUCCACUUCUUCGUCCGCGCCACCGACUCCAAGACCAUCGCGAUUCACGCCGCCUGGGACGACACCGUCGCCACAAUCCUCCGCCACCUCGCCGCCCGCGGCUACGGCCGGGACCUGCGUCUCCUCUACGCCGGCCGCCAGCUCACCCCAGAGGACACCAUCGCCUCCCUCGCCCUGCCCCCCGACUCCACCCUCCACCUCGCCGCGCGCCUCCGCUCCACCCCGCACCCGCGCGCCUGGCAGCUCGCCCAGCACAUCGCCUCCACCGCCGCCGCCUCCACCGCCUCCCCCGCCGCCUACUACCUCGACGAGCUCGUCAACACCUACAUCGCCUUCUCCGACCCGGACAGCGCCGACAACCGCCACGCCCUCAACGACCCCCUCACCACCACCCUCACCGACCCCCUCACCGAGCACCACGCCGCCGACUACUUCGACAUCUUCCUCCAAUCCGGCGCAGCCCUCGCGCUCGUGCGCCUCUACCUCUCCGCCUCCUCCUUCGGCCGCUCCUACGCCGAGCGCGCCAUCAGAGUCUUCCUCAUCACCGACCCGCCCCCGCCCCUGCCGCACUCCACGAUGCCCGAGACGCUGCCGGUGCUGCUCGAGUUCUGCCGCCUGCUCUCCCUCACCGCCGGCGCCACCGACGCCCUCUACAAAUCCUGCCGGUACACCCUCGGCUCAAUGCUCUCCUCCCCACUCUCCCGCCGCGCCACCUCCAAGUCCCCCACCAAGGUCAUCGAGCAGGUGCUCCCCUACACCCGAGAAAUCCUCGACGCCGUCCUCCACGGCCUCUCAUCAGAGUCCAUGAAGGUCCCCAAAACCGACCUCGAAGAGCUGUCAAACUUCCUCAAGGUGCUGCGGCAGCAGGCGCUCCUCGCGGCGCCGGACGGGCCGCUGCCGCGCAACCUCUACAGCCGGGACUGCAAGCGCGGCUGGGUGUGGGAGCUGCACGAGAUGGCCAUGAGCCUGCUCAAACGAGCCGACGAGUGUCUGAAGCGCCUGGAGAUGGACCUCUCCUCCCUCUCCUCCGACUCCGACAGCAGGGGCGUCAUCGAGACGCAGCCGCUCUGGGCCGGCCGCUUGCACGUCCUCGCCGUCCUCACCGAGCUCGAUUCCAUCUCCGCGCUCUACGAGGACGUCGCGCACAACCUGCGCUUCGUGCUGCUCGCGCACAGGGCGCCCCUCAACGCGCUCGUGCGCUGCUCCAAGCGCAACGACCACCUCCACUGGCUCGUCAAGCACAAGGACCUGCUCUGCUUCGAGGCCAGGAGGAACUUGGUCUUGAUGCUGUUCUCUGAGGGCAAGGAUGACUAUGGGGAGCUCCAUGAGAUGCUCAUCGAUCGGUCGCAUCUGCUCAUUGAGUCGUUUGAGUACAUUACGCAGGCGAGACCCACUGAGCUGCAGAGUGGUCUCUUUAUGGAGUUCAAGAAUGAGGAGGCUACUGGCCCCGGCGUUCUCAGGGAGUGGUUCUGCAUGGUGUCUCAAGCUCUCUUCAGCCCCCAGCAAGUACUCUUCUUGCCCUGUCCCAAUGAUCAAAGGAGGUUCUACUUGAAUGGAACAUCUGCUGUCGAUCCACUGAACCUGAAAUACUUCAUUUUUUCGGGACGACUAAUUGGGUUAGCAUUGAUGCAUAAAGUGCAAGUAGGGAUAGUUUUGGAUCGCACAUUGUUUUUGCAUCUUGCUGGAAGAAGUAUUACACUGGAAGAUAUUGCUGCUGCAGACCCUGUCACGUAUGCAAGCUGUAAAAGAAUUCUAGAGAUGGGUGCUGCAGAUAUUGAUGAUUUAACUCUCACAUUUUCCAGAGAUGUUCAUACCUUAGGGUCACGAAGAACUAUUGAGCUUUGCCCAGGAGGGCAGGAUAUUCCUGUGAAUAUCAGCAACAGACAGCAUUACAUUGAUCUUCUUAUUAAGAAUAUCUUUGUUGACUCUAUUUCGGAUCAACUAGCCAAUUUUGCGAAAGGAUUUAGUGACAUAUUAGUUAAUCCAAAACUCCAGAAGGUAUUUUUUGGGUGUUUGGAUCUAGAAGACUUUGACCAAAUGCUAGGGGGAAGCAACACCAAUAUAAAUCUGAAAGAUUGGAGAUCACAUACUCAAUAUAAUGGCUACAAAGAAAAAGAUCGUCAAGUUAACUGGUUCUGGAAGGCUGUGGAGAGCAUGUCCAUUGAGCAGCAGAGGCGGCUCCUCUUCUUUUGGACUUCAGUGAAAUAUCUGCCCUCAGAUGGUUUUGGUGGGCUGGGCUCAAAACUGUACAUAUAUAAGCAACUGGAGUCAGCCGACCAUCUCCCGUCAUCGCAUACAUGCUUCUACCGCCUCUGCCUCCCUCCUUAUCCAUCGCUGAAAGUGAUGCAAAGCCAGCUGCAGAAGAUCACACAAGAGCAUGUGAGCUGCAGCUUUGGUACAUGGUAGUAGAUGCUUGGUUGUGGAGUCCAAACUGGUAUAUUCUGUACAUACAUAUCCGAGUUAGUGACAAUCGUAUCUCAUUAAAUCUGUUGCUAGAGGUUAAAAAUAGGCUGCAAUGGUUUUAUUUGUAUGUAGUAUGGAGAAAGUUAGUGUUUUCGGUCGUUUAACCUAACGCAGGUGGAGUCAGAAAAGAGCAAGUUCAUUUUGCUUCCC